GAGUUUGAUGACUAUACGCCUCAUCUCAGGUCUCAUCCGAUUUUUUUUCCUUUUCAAGAAAAAAAAAACGAAAUUCAACUAUAAAUAACGCGAGUCGUCUUGUAGUUUGGAAUUUUCUCCACCAACUACAACUGCAAGUCGGCAAACCUCUCUCUCUCUAUCCUUCCCUAACCUACCAAAAUCCGGUAGUAAUAUGCUACAACACGGAGCCGCCGCUAUGGAGGCCGGAGUAGCAGCAGCUGACGUGGCCGGCGUAAGGAAGAGAGAAAGACCAUACAAAGGGAUAAGGAUGAGAAAAUGGGGAAAAUGGGUGGCGGAGAUUCGGGAGCCCAACAAACGUUCAAGGCUAUGGCUCGGCUCUUACUCCACCCCAGAGGCAGCGGCGCGUGCAUACGACACGGCGGUUUUCUACCUGAGAGGACCUACAGCCACGCUCAAUUUUCCGGAGCUUAUACCGAGCAUAGAGAAAUCCUCCGCCGAGGACAUGUCGGCGGCAGCGAUCAGGAGAAAGGCCACGGAGGUCGGAGCUGAAGUAGACGCGUACGGGAUGGCGGUGAUGAACAGCAAACGCCGCCGCGUUUUUGGUCAGAAGGGUGACUAUGUUGGCGGGUUAUUGGAGCGGGUUGACUUGAACAAGUUACCGUACCCGGAAAAUCAGGAUAAUGACGUGGUGGGAAAAUAAACUAUUUUUAUUAAAAAAUAGGUGAAAGAAGCUAUCUUACAGCGGUGCCUGUUGCUAUCAUACGCGGUGAGCCUUGGGCUAGUGUUUCUUCCUAUAAGCAUUAAAAUUUCACCCCCAAGUGAAAUUCUGUACAUUAUUCUUGAUUUAGUGAUUGAUAUGACUUUUCUUGUAAUAUGUAUCGAUUGUUUGAUAAACAUUAGAGUACCAAUUUAAUGAA